AAAAAAGUUGAUAAUUAGGUGAAGGAGGCAAAGCAUUACUUAUACGAGUGUUUCACGGUACAUAGUGCGGCAACAGCAGAAGCAACUCUCAUCUCAUUACUCAUUACUCACUUCUCACCUAACCUUCUCUUCCUCCGCCCGCCAUGACCUUCCACAAGAUCACCGUCGCCAACCCCAUCGUCGAGAUGGACGGAGAUGAAAUGACUCGGGUUAUCUGGAAGUCAAUCAAGGACAAGCUAAUUUUGCCCUUCUUGGAGUUGGACAUCAAGUAUUUUGACCUAGGCCUUCCUUACCGUGAUGAGACCGAUGAUAAAGUUACAGUUGAAAGUGCUGAGGCAACUCUCAAGUACAAUGUUGCAAUCAAGUGUGCAACUAUCACUCCAGAUGAAGCUCGUGUGAAGGAGUUUGGCUUGAAGAGUAUGUGGAAGAGUCCAAAUGGGACAAUUAGGAACAUUUUGAAUGGGACUGUCUUCAGAGAACCAAUUCUCUGCAAAAACAUUCCCCGCCUUGUUCCUGGUUGGACAAAGCCAAUAUGUAUUGGAAGACAUGCAUUUGGUGACCAAUAUCGGGCUACUGACACUGUAAUUAAAGGAGCUGGAAAGCUGAAGCUGGUGUUUGUUCCAGAAGGCCAAGGUGAGAAGACCGAAUUAGAGGUUUUUAACUUUACCGGUGAAGGAGGUGUUUCAUUGGCUAUGUACAAUACUGAUGAGUCGAUUCGAUCUUUUGCCGAUGCUUCUAUGGCAACUGCUUAUGAGAAGAAGUGGCCACUUUAUCUUAGCACCAAAAAUACUAUACUUAAGAAAUAUGAUGGAAGAUUCAAGGACAUAUUUCAAGAAGUUUACGAGGCAAGCUGGAAAUCUAAGUAUGAGGCUGCUGGUAUAUGGUAUGAGCAUCGGCUCAUUGAUGAUAUGGUGGCGUAUGCACUUAAGAGUGAAGGAGGUUAUGUAUGGGCAUGCAAAAACUAUGAUGGAGAUGUCCAGAGUGAUUUCUUAGCUCAAGGUUUUGGAUCAUUAGGCUUGAUGACAUCUGUAUUGGUUUGCCCUGAUGGAAAGACUAUUGAAGCAGAAGCAGCCCAUGGCACAGUUACCCGUCAUUUUAGGGUACAUCAGAAGGGAGGUGAAACCAGCACAAAUAGCAUAGCAUCCAUCUUUGCCUGGACAAGAGGGCUAGCCCACAGGGCAAAACUGGAUGACAAUGCUAAACUCUUGGAGUUCACUGAAAAGCUAGAGGCAGCUUGCAUUGAAGCAGUAGAGUCUGGGAAGAUGACCAAGGAUUUGGCACUUAUUCUUCAUGGAUCCAAGCUUUCAAGGGAGCACUAUUUGAACACAGAGGAAUUCAUCGAUGCCGUGGCAGCCGGGCUUAGAGCGAAGCUUUCUGCAUAGGCUUGAUUUAUAAGAAAGGCGGAAAAAGACAAGACCAACAAGUGGCAUAUGUAUGCUCUAUUCAGAGGAAAUAAGAAAGUGAAAAGAAGCAUUAAACGGCUCCUUUUCCUUCAUUUGUUUGUUGGUUGGGAAAGCAAGGGUUGUUUCAUCUCCAUAUUGUUUGAACCGAUUUGUCCUUUGUAAUUUGAACCGAUUUCUUCCAACUUUUUAGUUAUAAUGGAUUUUGCUACUUUUCUGCUGAUUUUAA